UCUUCAUAAUUUUCACAUAUUCGCCAUGAUUCUGAAGUUAGCAGACAAUUGAAUAUUUUCAAAUUCUUUUUCAACAAAUUCUUUACAAGAAACAAAACAACCAAAAAUAUGCACAUGUAGAAAAUUUUUUAAAAACUGAUCGUAUAUUCGCAGUGUGAAUGAACCUUUACAUCAGCAAGUUGAUAUAUAUCCAAAUAACAUUUGCGUUUUAUAAAUUCGCGUGAAGAUAACGGUACACAUUCACACGAGCUGCGUCCUAAAAUAAAUUAUAAUAAAAAUUGAGUGAAAAAAAAAAUCCGUACAAUAUUUUAAUAAAAUUUAUCUAAACCAACAAUUUUUUCCUAACUGUAUUUUAUCAACAAUUUGAAAUCGUUGUUCCGAUCUGACAGCCAACUUUUGUUUUUUGAAUUUUUCUGCUGUUUUAAUUCCAACAAUGAGCAGUGCAUAAAAAAAAUUAAAUCCACAGUAGAUACUUUAGUUUUUAAAAAAUGUCACUGUUGAGUUUACGCAGACUUUUCCGAAAAAUAAACGAUUUAAGAGCAAUAAAUAUGCAGCAGCACAAGCAGAACAGUUUUAUAACAACGAGAUCUGGAGCUAUUCUUCCUGAACCGAAGACCCAACCGCUUGGAUUAGUUGCUGUAAUUGCUGGAGUAUCUUUGGGGCUUCUUAUUGGAGCAACAAUCAGCAAAAACAUUGCAAACUUCCUAGAAGAAAACGAUUUAUUCGUUCCAACAGAUGAUGACGGUGAUGAUGAUUAAUUAAUUACCUUUCCGAUCAAUAAAAGCUGUAAUUACAGGUACCAACGAUCAAGAUGUAACGCUAGAAUUUAUAAAUAUAUUAAACCUUUAUCAUUGGGAUGGUGCAUUAAGAUCUUUGCUACACUAUUUGAAGAAAAAGUACUUGUUAUUUGCUUGCUCAGUACUUUUUAUAGACUUGGCUUAUUCCGGCUAUUACUUCAAAUUUCUAUAAUGUAUUUACUAAUUUUAAUGUUAAACAAACUAAUCAUUAUAUUUAUUCUUUAUUUUUGCUAAUCAUUACAUCAACUGUGUAAUUCAUUCUGUCAAUAAAAAAAUGUUUCG